AGAGUGAGUUCAUAAAACUAGAGAGUUGUAUAUAAUACAAAGCAAGGAAACAAGAAGAGAGGAGAAGAAGAAGAGGAAAAUGGCUGCCUUAUCAGAAAACGAGGCUAAAGCUUAUCUCGACGCAAGGCCUAGAUAUCCCAUCGAUUGGUACAAGAAGAUUGCCGCACGGACACAGGACCACAAGCUUGCUUGGGAUGUCGGAACUGGUAACGGUCAGGCUGCUAUUGGGCUUGUGGAGCAUUACGAGAAUGUUGUGGCUACCGAUAUAAACGAAGCACAACUCAAACGAGCAAUCAAACACUCAAGAAUCAGUUACCAUCACACUCCAAUAACGAUGUCAGAAGAUGAGAUGGUGGCUCUAAUCGGGGGAGAAAACUCUGUGGAUCUCAUAGUUGCUGCGCAAGCUGUCCAUUUCUUCGACCUCACCACAUUUUACAACGUAGCAAAACGUGUUCUUCGCAAAGAAGGAGGCCUAAUUGCCGUUUGGGUAUACAACGAUAUCGUUAUCUCGCCCGAGAUCGAUCCCAUAAUGAAGCGUCUUGUGGACUCUACUCUACCUUUUAGAACUCCUAUUAUGAAUUUGGCAUCUGACGGUUAUAAAACGUUGAUGUUUCCAUUUGAGAGCAUAGGGAUGGGGUCCGAAGGAAAGCCUAUAACUCUAGACAUCCCGCAUAAACUCUCGCUUAAAGGCUUUAUAGGGUUCUUGAGAUCGUGGCAGCCCGCGAUGAAGGCCAAGGAGAAAGGUGUAGAGCUUAUAAAUGAAGAUCUAAUGACCAAGUUUGAGGAGGCUUGGGGUGAUGAAAACCAAGUUAAAGAUGUUUUCUACAAGGCUCAUAUGAUUGUUGGAAAAAUUCCGGAAGUGAAAUGCGAAUCUGAUCAAGUACUGUCCGAAGAUAGUAAAAAAGAUCUCUUGCUGCCAACGGAGGUUGGAAGAAAACAAGAAAGACGACAACCAUCCGAUGAAGGAAACAUACGAAGUAAGAAACAAAAUACUAGUGAAGAUGAGGCAUAAAAAGAUGAAUCAUAUCAGUUAUCCGAUAUUAAAGCACUCAACGCCGUUGGUUAUUGUACAACGCCUGAACUAUAAUAAGUACGUGGUCGUACUAAAUAAUGCAGCUCAUGUCGAGUAUGUCAAAAAUAAAUGGAAUUGGAAGUCUGAAAUUAAGAAUAUAUGAAGUUGUGAGAAUUCAAGCGUCAUAUAUACCACUCAGCUAUUUUGGA